UCUAAGAGCGUGCGAGACGGAGAGGAAGAGGGAGAGAGAGAGAUGGCGGCGGCGAUGCAGUGGUGCGGCGCGACGACGCGGCGGAUUAUGAUGGCGCAGGGUACGCCUGCAGCAGUGAAGAGGUGUUCUUCGUCAUCCCCGGCGGCGGCGGCGAUGGAAGUGUGCGGGAGAGGGGAUAGUAAGACGAAGAAAGGGAAAAGGUUCAAAGGAUCGUACGGGAACUCGAGAGGGAAGAAGCAGAAGAUGAUUGAGAGGAUCAAAGACAAGCUCGAGGUUCCCAGGUCCACUCCUUGGCCUCUCCCUUUCAAGCUCAUCUGAAGAAUUUCACUAUCGUUACUGUUUUUUCUCCUUUGGUGACUUUCCAGUUCUUUAAUUUGUCUGUAUACUUCUUCUUCAUGAGUCAUUGAGUAUAAACUCGUCUGUGUUGAUUGAAUAAAAUGUUACUGGAUUGAUGCCAAUUUGUGCAGAAGAAUGUUGAUUUUCAUGGAGGAAUUAUUUUUGGUUU